AUGUUUAAUUACCUUAAUUAAUAUUUUCAUUUUUUUGGGGCUUUUUGUUCGUUACAAUUUUAGCUUUACUCAUAUAUUUUUCUAAAAAAAAAAAUCAACCUGGAAAUGUGGUUGCUUCUUCACUUCUUCUGGGAAAGGGCUUAUAUAAACAUCUUCAUUCUUCCCAUGCAAAUGAACAUUGCUUUAGCCUUUAGGUCCUAGCUUUCAGCUUUUGCAGUUUUAAAAACAAAAGGAAAGUACUGAAGCUUAGAUUUUUUUUCUAUUUUUCUAAGUCUUAUUUAUUCUAUAGUUUCUGAUCUAUCUCCCCCAAGUGGGUUCUGUCCUGUUACAAUUUUAAUGUUUUAUUAUUUUUUAAAAAAUUCAACUUCAUCCUUUUGAUGAGUUUUGGAAACUUAAAUCUUUGAACAGGGGAUUGGGGCUUUUUUUUUUUUAAUAUUGAGGGAAAGUGUUUGUAAUACUGUAAUAGAUGUACGUUCUUUUUUUUUUUAUGUUUAUUGGAACUUACUAAAAUUGUCUUCUUGUGAUGUGUUAAAUGACAAAAUUUGAGCAUGAUUUGUUUAUGAAUCUGGGCCUGUGGGGGUGUUAGGUGUAGGUGUUUAAAGUUGCCAGAUGUUCAUAUCUUCGAGUCUUUAGGGUUUCAAUGGCAGUCUUUUUAGUAGCAGCAAUUUGAUUUUUAAGGGUCCUUAGAUCUGAGACGUAAUUGUCAACAAAGACCAGGGAUCUUUGAGUUGGUAGUUGAGUUUUUUGCUUUAAGUUCACGAGAUCAGAGGUUUCUCACAAGUUUAGAGUUGUUAAUGAACUUCUCACUCUGAUCACUCUGUCUUUAAAUUCAUUGUCGUCGGCAUUUCGGUGCUUUUAAGAAUUCUACACACUUUCUUCUUUUUUUUUUUUUUUGGUUUAAAUUCUAGAAUUCUUGAGUUAAAAAAAAGGGGAAAUCUGGGUUCAGAAAUGGGGCAUUCUGCAGCAGUGUGGGAUUAUAGGGCGGCAACUGAGAUUACAAAGGAUUGGAAUGGGGUUGAUAAGAUUGUUCUUCGGAGCCCUCGAGGGGCUUCAGCAAGGGUUAGCUUACAUGGAGGACAGGUCACUUCAUGGAGGAAUGAGCAAGGGGAAGAACUUCUUUUUACCAGUAGUAAGGCGAUUUUUAAGCCCCCCAAAGCUGUGCGAGGUGGAAUCCCUAUUUGUUUUCCUCAGUUUGGUAACUGCGGGUCACUCGAGCAACAUGGAUUUGCUAGGAACAAGAUUUGGACAAUUGAUGAGAAUCCUCCGCCUCUCAGUCCUAAUGAUUCCCAUGCCAAAUCCUUCAUUGACCUAUUGCUUAAACCAUCCGAAGAAGAUCUCAAAUGCUGGCCCCAUAGUUUUGAGUUUCGCCUGAGAGUUUCACUUGCGGCUGAUGGAAGUCUUGCGUUAAUAUCACGAAUUAGGAAUGUCAACGGGAAGCCAUUUAGUUUCUCUUUUGCCUAUCAUACAUAUUUGUCAGUUUCGGACAUCAGUGAAGUGAGGAUAGAAGGGCUGGAGACGCUUGAUUACCUAGACAACCUUUGCCAAAAAGAACGCUUUACCGAGCAAGGAGAUGCCAUAACAUUCGAAUCCGAGGUGGAUCGAGUCUAUCUCAGUACUCCAAACGUAGUUGCUGUACUUGAUCAUGAAAGGAAGCGAACAUAUGUUAUUAGAAAGGAUGGACUACCCGAUGUUGUGGUAUGGAAUCCAUGGGAGAAGAAAUCGAAAUCAAUGGUAGAUUUUGGAGACGACGAGUACAAACAGAUGCUAUGCGUGGAUGGAGCUGUGAUCGAGAAGCCAGUGACAUUGAAACCAGGUGAGGAGUGGACCGGACGGGUGGAACUCUCAGUUGUAGCAUCAACAUUGUGUAGUGAACAAUUUGAUGUGCAGAGAGGCAUGGGGUUUUGAUGUAAGAAUGUAGGAUGUUUUUAGUACACAUCCCACAGCUACUGGUAGGACAUGUAGGAAUAGUUCAAUGUUACUAAACCAAGCUAGCAUUGAACUGAGUGUAAGUAGUAUGUAGAAAACUCUGAAAUUCUCAUGCCAAGCCAACAAGAUGAGCAAGUGUUGUUGUAACAGUACAGAGACAAGAACACCCUUUGUUUUGUUUUUGUUUUUUUGUUUUUAAUUUAAGAGUGGUUGCCGAGUCUGACUUUUCAA